CUCGCCCUUCCCUUUUUCCCUCUUCUCUUUCUUUCAUCGUCGUCUUCGUCAACCCUAACCCAGAAUUUUGCAGAAAGUAGCUUGAAUUCUCCGAUCAUUUGAUGUCAUCUUAUCGGAAUUGUUUCCUCCCCCGCAGAUUCAGCGAUUUUGAAAAGUGUUCGCCGGGUGCAUGGAUCCAGAUCCGCCUUCAUCCACGCCGAGGAAGGUCAAAUUUGCACCAAAAGGACCCCCUCGCAGAGCACCGCAACCCCUCACCGCUAAAUCUGAAACAGCUGCUCAGGAUGAUAGCGAUGAUGAGCAAACACAACAGUUUCUCACUCGCAAAGUUCAUGAGCAUCUAACAAGGCGAGGAUCAAAGGUGGAGAAAAAGUCUUCGGCACAAGUUGCUUUUUCACAUGGAGUUGCAGCAAACACCAUUAGGACCUUUGGGAAACCGAGGGAGAGGACUGGGGAUAGGGCUGAUGCAGCCGACUCAAACGAGCCUGCUAUCAGUGACGACCAAAACCUUGUUGCUUCAGUAUCAACUGCUGGAACGGAAGGAGUAGAUGAAAAUACCGCAAGUUCAGCUGAUGCUCUAGUUGUGAAGAAGAAAAGAGAAUAUAAAGAGCCUUGGGAUUACAAACAUAGUUAUUAUCCUACUACCCUACCUUGGAGAAGGCCUUACUCCGGCGACCCAGAAAAACUUGAUAAAGAAGAAUUCGAGGAAGCUUCAGAAUACGAUGAAAAUAAUCUUUCUUCUGCUUCAGAUCUCGGUUUGCUGGGCCAAGACGAUACACAGCGGAUGUUGUUUUUCCAGUUUCCUCCUAAUCUUCCCUUAGGCAGGCGGCAGACUGGUACCAACAAGAGAGAUACAGCUAAUGACUUGAAAGCACUAGAAUGUGGAGUUUUUUCAGCUGCUUCUAAGGGGAAGGAGAUAGUUGGCUGCGGUCCAAGAGUUUCAGGUAUUUCAAUGGGCACAAAAGGGAAAGAUAUAGCUCCAAACUCCAUAAAUCUAGUCAGCGGGCAUCCCUCAAAUAAAGGAUGUAGUUUGGAGGAGUUGCCGGAGGGAUACAUGGGCAAGAUGCUGGUGUACAAAAGCGGCGCUGUUAAGUUGAAGUUAGGAGACAUCCUGUAUGAUGUUUCUCCUGGUUCUGAUUGUACUUUUGCUCAAAGUGUUAUGGCGAUCGACACCACCAAUAGAGAUUGUUGCGACUUAGGGGCACUGAACAAGCGGGCUGUUGUCACUCCAGAUAUUGAUUUCCUGGUAGAUAAUGUGAUUGAUUUGGGGUAAGGCUGUUCCACCCUAGAACCUAUCGAAGAUUGUGAAUCUGUGAUGCAAAUUUAUGGUGUCUUCAACCCAGUUGAAACAUUAGUACACUGGGGAUUCAGCCCAGAAUCCAACAUCAACAGCAGAAAAUUCACUGAUGUGUAGUUUUGCAAUAGUUGGAACAUCAUCCAGAGGUGUACAUUUUGCACAGAUAUGUGACUUCACUAACUGGAAUUAAUGCUACCAUGUUGCUUCCUACAA